AUGAUUUACCAAGGCUAUUGGAUCUUUAUGGUCAUACUCCAAUCAGUGACUAACAUUACUGUCCAAUGGCAGGAUAAAAAUGUAAUUGAAAAGCCAGUGGUACCCACUUUCUAUUGCCUAGUUUGCAUGGGCCAAUUGAGAGAAGAAACAUCAACAAAAUGUGGGCACAUCUUCUGCAGGGAGUGCAUUCAUUCAGCAAUUGCUGUCCAAGGAAAAUGCCCAACCUGCUGGCGAAUAAUUGGAAUAAAAGACACAUUUAGGGUCUACCUUCCUGCCAGGGAUGCUGGCUUUUUCUUGGGAGGUUUUGACUUGAAGCAAGGUAGGCAUUUUUAUAAUUGA